UACACUGUCAUUCCCAGUGGCCUCUGGGAGGAUUUCCGGGGUGUUCGAUGUGUGCCAGUGGUUCUGAUGGCGAUCUGCAGCUUCUUCCUGGAGGGCCGCUGCCGGUUCGGAGAUAGAUGCUGGAACGAACACCCGACUGGUUCUAGACAAUGGACAUCACAAAAUCAGAGAUAUGUGCAGCCUUCAAGUUUUUCCAAGUCUAUGACAUGGUCCAGGGAUAACAGCCAGCCAUCAUUUCCAUCUCAUUCUGAUUCCUAUGAUAACAGAAGCAGACAAUAUGAUUCGGGGGCCUCUGCAUCAAAUUUCUCUUCCCAGAACCGGUUUUCAAAUCUGUCCUCCCAGACUCAUGCCAGAGAGACACAAUCAGACAAAGAUGGAAACCUCUUUGAGGAUAUAAAACAGGACUUGGAUGUCUGGGAAUCUUCUGGGCAAUGGAUUUUCUCUGCCUAUUGUGUCAUCAAGGAUCUCAGAAAUUUAACAGGGUUUGCAGACAUUUCUCCAGAAGAAUUGCGUCUGGAAUGUUAUACAGCACGGGACUCUGGAAAUAUGCAGAACUAUGUGAAUUCAGUACAGCAACUGGCCAGCCAGUGGAAACAGAGAAUACAUACGAUUAGGAACACAAAUAUUUCACCUCAAGCUGCCCUGAUGAACGAGCUCACCAAGCCUGCGACUGGCUCAGUUCCUGUGUUUGGAGGAGAUCAAAACUCUGCCUUUUCCACUACAAUCUCUUCCACCAGCAAUGCAGCUCCGUCUGCCAAUAAUUUCAGCUUCAAGCCGGAUUCUCAGUACACCGCACCUAGUGCAGGGCCUGUUUCCAGUACUUCAGUAUUUGGCAGCAAACCAGCAACUGGUUUCAGCAAUGCAGUGACAGGAUCAGCGGCUUCAUUUACUUUUGCAGUAACCACGGCUUCAGAUGGAGCGUCAUCUCUCUUUGGGAAUCCAAAUGCAGUGACGGCUGCUACAUUUUCCUUUGCCCCAACCACAUCUUCAGGUGUUGGAGCAUCUGCUUUUUCUGGGUUUACCACAGCCACAACUGCUCUGCCUGCAAGUACAUCUUCUGCCAUCACAUCUGUCUUUGGAGGGACAACAGGGGUGUCUGAUUUCGGGCAAAGUGCACCAUCAGUCUUUGGAAGUGUCCCAAGUAAUUCUGGCUUUGGCGUUCCUGCUGGUAAUACAGUGACAUCAGGUUUUGGGGGAAAGACGAGUGCUGUAUCCGAAUUAUUCAGAACUGGUGCUGCAAGCUCCGCCACUACUGCGCCAUUUGGACAAUUACCAGCUGUGUCCGUAAGCCGUAUGCCAAGUGUGACCGCAGAAGCCAGCAGUGAAAAUCCCAUUUUCACAGCUCGGGCUGAGCUCACUGACAAAGAACUCUCACAGUUUGAAGCCAUCAAGUUUACAAUAGGGAACAUUCCCCUGCGCCCUCCACCUGCAAAUCUUUUAGCUGUAAAGUAAAGCAAACCUGUUAUUGAUGU